AUGGCGUUCGAUCUGGAUGCGUGCAUUGCGACGCUGCUCAAGAAGCAGCUGCUGGGCGAGGCGCUGCUAAAGGAGAUCUGCGAAAAGACCAAGGAGAUUCUGAUGCGCGAGUCGAAUGUGGUGCACAUUUCGGCGCCCGUCACGGUGGUAGGCGACAUCCACGGCCAGUUUUACGACUUGAUAGAGAUCUUCCGGAUCGGCGGCUACGCUCCGCAUACCAACUAUCUGUUUUUGGGCGACUAUGUGGACCGGGGCUUGUUUUCGGUGGAGACGAUAUCGCUGUUGACGUGUCUCAAGCUGCGGUAUCCGGAUCGGGUGCAGCUGAUUCGAGGCAACCACGAAUCGCGCGCGGUGACGCAGACGUACGGCUUCUACACCGAGUGCCAGCGCAAGUACGGUUCGGCCAACGUAUGGACGUACUUCACCGACAUGUUUGACUUUCUCACGCUGUCCGUGGUGAUUGACGACCAGAUCUUCUGCGUGCACGGAGGCCUGUCGCCCUCGGUGCACUACAUUGACCAGAUCAAGAUCAUCGAUCGCUUCCGCGAGAUCCCACACGAGGGACCCAUGGCGGAUCUGGUGUGGUCGGAUCCGGAUCCGGACAAGGAGGAGUUUGCCAUCUCACCGCGCGGUGCCGGCUACACGUUUGGAGCGUCGGUGGUCAAGCACUUUUUGCACCGCAACAACAUGAACCACAUCCUGCGCGCACACCAGCUGUGCAUGGAGGGCUUCAGCGUACUCUACGACGACCGCCUCAGCACGGUAUGGAGCGCACCCAACUACUGCUACCGCUGCGGCAACAUGGCGUCCAUCCUCGAGGUGUUCCCCGACGGCAGCAAACACUUCAACACCUUCCAGGCCGCUCCGGAAAACGAACGCGACGGUCCCAACCAGCACAACCUCAACGGAGGCCCCACUGCCAACGGCAAGCACGAGGCAGUCGAGUACUUUUUCGAGGAGCGAGGAGCGCAGCUGCUGCUGGACCGUGCCAUCCUGGCAGCCACCCUUCACUCGAAUCUGGAUACGCGGCUCUCCGACUUGAACCCUGAGUCGAAUCCACCCAUCCUCGCCUGCUUCCGAUCCACCACAACGUGCGUCAUUCGCCAGCAUCAUCGAUCGCAGCCAUCUCAAAAUAGCGGCACGGACCUGUUCGGACAACAAGACCCCACGCCCGAGCCACAUCCGCGGCACCAACCUCCUUUCAAGAUGUUCCUCUUCGACGCAGUCGUCUUUCUCAUAGCCAUCACGCUCUCCAUCGGCCUCUCGGUGCUCAUCUCCCAGCCCUUCAACGGCGCCAUCGUCCGUCUCCGUGCAAACUACCUCCCCAAGGCCGUCAGCCUCGACAACGUCCUCGAAGAUGGCGCAGCCACCUCGGCAUCCGCGCCUCGCGCUCUCUCCUCAUUCCUCCUCUCCGAACGUCGCUCCACCGCAAAGAUCGGCCCCGUCGUCCCCGGCGUCUUCUCCAUGAUGUUCCGCACAAAGCGCCUCGAGGGCUGGGCCGGCAUCUACAAGGGCUCCAUCCCCGUCGCCAUCCAGAUCUUCACCCUCAGCACACUCACCUUCAUCUUCUUCUCCGGUGCUUCCGCCUCCUCCCCCGGCAGCGCAUACAAGGCCGGUCCGGCCGGCCCUGGCCAGUUUGGCUUCUUUGCCAACCUCUUCUACAUGCUCUUCGUCGCCAUGGCCGCGCUUCCGCUCAACGUCAUCACCGACCGAACCAUCGUGCACCCGCGCGUCUUGCCUAUCCACUCGCCGCGCGAGAACCUCCGCGAGCUGCUCUCGUACACCGAGUUCACCCAGCCCUGGCGUCUCUACCUCCUGCCCGGUCUUCUCGCCGCCAACGUGCUCCACGUAGCCUGGAUCGGCCUCGCCACGCGCAUCGUCCGUCAGCUCACCGUGCCCUCGCUCGGCGGCCUCCCCGGCGCCACCCCCGUCGCGCCGGACCAGGACACCUACUCGGGACCCAACUCCAACAUGCUCGAGCUCAGCCCCGUCGGCCUGCCCAUCUUUGUCCUCUGGAACGUGCUCAGCGUCAUCAUCCUCUCGCCGCUCGAGUGCGCCAUCAUUCGCCUCUCCACACAGCGUCCAGAGCGCCAGAACCCGCUCCACCGCGCCUACGCACGCGUACCGAACGGAUCCAACGCCACCGGUCCUUCGCCUUACUCGCACCAGGCCACUGCCGCCGCUCAGGCGCAGCCAGGCGGCUCCUACAAGGAUUCCGACCCCGCGCGCAAGUCGUCCGACAGCACCUCGGCUAAUGCAGACAAGCCACUUCCCUCGUCGCCUGGCGAGCUGCCGGGUCGUCCCUCCUUCGCCAUCGAAGACGACGAUGACGAUGACGCCGACAACGCUUCGCCGGCUGCCAAGCCUUCCGCCAACGGCAAAGCGCCCAACAGCAGCAAGGCCGCACGUGUGCUCGGCCAGACCGACGAGCCUGCCGCACGCUCCAACAGUGCAGCAGGCGGCUUCAACCCGGGCUACACGUCACCCUCGUUCUCGGGCGGCGAGCCUCCCGAGCCCGUCAUCGCGCUGCGCCCCAUCGAGGAGCAGACCGCCGAAGAGGCCGCCGCCGAGUUUGGCGCGCCCGUCGUCACGCGCUACACCGGCCUCGUCGACUGCCUCAACAAGAUGGUCGACGAAGAGGGCAUCGAGAGCCUCGGCAGGGGCGCCUGGGUCACCCUCCUCGCCAUGUUUGCCGGCUCGUUCAGUUGA